AUGACUCUAUACCGUUUAGGAAGCGCGCGCUUUUCCCCUCUCAAAAAGCGCUCGCUUUUCCCUGUAGUAGCCCUAUGUGUGUUGCAUGUAGCCCAGUCGGCGUUGCGCGGCGCGGUCGUCAUGAGAGGUUCCCCUCGCCCGACAGCGCACGCGCAAUCCUUCCAACCCAUGCUGCCCCGCGCCGCUAGCGCCUACGCCUCGCCGUUGCACGCAUAUGCACACGUGUAUUAUGACCCGUUCUUAGCUGCAGCAGCGACCGCGGACUCGAACUACAGAUUACAGGCGGCUGCGGCAGCCGCAGCAGCAGCUCCAUUGCUAAAGUCGCCAUUAACGAGUGCUCAGCACGCUGCAGCAGCAGCAGCGGCCGCUAACUAUGGCGCAGCAGCUCGAGCUGCGGCCGCCGCCGCUGUUAGUGCAUCGCCCGCACAAGCGGCACUCACUCCUUUAGCUGCCACAUAUGGAAGGGAGUACGCAGACCCAUAUUUAGGGCAUAGCAUCGGGCCCGUUACAGGAUAUGGGACUGCAUUGUACAGAAGCGGAUACAACAGAUUCGCGCCAUACUAA